AUGGCGUCCCUGAAUUCAAAUGAUGAAAAGACGUCUUUAACACAGGACUCUGAUGAACUUGUAGAAAUGUAUUGUGAACAUUGUGAAAAAGAUGAAAAUAAAUAUGUUCCUGCAGAAGGAUUUUGUGUAGACUGUGUGGAAUAUAUGUGUGCCAUGUGUAUAAGGUUCCAUAAACGAUAUGUAAAAGACCACUCUAUUAAGGAUAAAGAUAGUAUGCCACAAGAUUUCUGCUUCGAUAAAUGCUCCAUUCAUACAGAUCAACUGAUAAAAUUUUACUGCAAUGACUGUCAGAAAAUAGCUUGUUCAGAUUGCAAGUCAAAUGAGCACAACAAUUGUACCAAUGUAAAGUAUUUAACAACCAUGGUUGAAGGAAUUGAACAGAGCAAAGAACUUUCUGAUCUGAUUGAAAACAUGGACACUCUAUCUAAGCAACUUGAUGAAACUGAAAAUCAAAUCAAUUCAAACAUUAAAAGUCUUUCUCUACAAAAAGCAAAGGCAGUUUCAACAAUAACUAAACACAAAGAGGAAUUAUUCUCGACAUACAAGAAACAUCAGCAAGAAAUUCUUGACAGCUUUGAUACAAAAAUGGCAGCAACAAUAGCAAGACUUAAGAAAGAAAGACAAGACCUGGUUGAACAACUAGCAGUAGAAGUGAAGACAUUAGAGGAGAAAUUUAAUGAUGAAGAAACAGAAAUCAUGAGAAAGGUUCAAAAUGUAACAAUUGCUGAUAAAAAAGUACUAAACUCACUCAGAGAUAGAAAUUUGAGGAUAAAAACUGAUAUGGAGGCAUUGUCAUUUGACAUGAAAAAACAACGGAAUAUAGGACAAAGGUUCAAGUUAGGUCAAUGGUGGUCAAGUUUAUGCUGCCUGUCUGACACAACACUUCUGGUUGCUGACUUUGAUGGUAAUUGUCUCUUUGUUUUUUACAACAUGAAGACAAGCUCUAAAAGCAGUGCCCAAGUAGAAUUGUCUUCCUGUCCAUGGGGCAUCACAAAAGUUGAGGACAAUAAAGUUGCUGUUACAUUUCCUAUUGAAGGAAUUGUCGGGUUGAUAACAUUUUCUGAGACCAUGACAGUGACCAAUACUGAUGAUAUAAAAGUAGGAGCAUGGUGUUGUGGUAUUGCCUGUAGUAAUAACAAUCUCAUUGUAUCCUAUUUUAAGUCUGCACAAGUUCAGAUACUUGAUAUGUCUGGUCAUGUACUUAAAACUUUUGUCAAUGAUUCUAAAGGACAGCGUCUGUUUAGUAAUCCUCGCUACUUGGCAGUUAGUCCUGACAAUACAACCAUAUAUGUGUCUGACCAGGACAGAGACACAGUGACAAGUAUGACCUUUGAUGGUAAGGUCAAGGCAAUCUACAAGGAUGAUCAACUGUCUCAACCAUGUCAACUAACAGUGGACGAGUCAGGGACAGUAUAUGUGUGUGGGGUUGACUCACACAAUGUUCAUCAACUAUCAUCUGACCUUACCAAAGUGAAGAUCCUGCUGGAUAAAAGUCAUGGUAUAAACCAACCAACAAGUGCUGCAUACUGCCAGAAUAACAACAGACUCUAUGUUGGAAUGAACAGAAACACAAACAUGAAAGUUUUCAAUUUAUCACUGGAGUAA